GUUUUUUGCAUGCAGGCAACCAACAACAGCCAAACACCACAAGAAAAAAAUAGCACCCACAAGAAGCAACGUCAAUCAACCAACCAACCAACCAACCAACACCACCAUCAACCGCCUCCACGACGUUGUUCACGCACCAUCACAACACAACACAUCGCAACACACCCUACACACCGCGCAUCACACCAACAAAAGGGUCUCUCUCUCUCUCUCUGGGUGCUUCCUUGUGUUGUUACACACGCCACACGCGGUCAGGCAUCAACUUUCGACGUUUUGGUUGCUUCGUUCCUCCGCGCCCUCCAUCGACCGCCGCAGCACAUCCACAUCCACAACGGCAUCAUCAACAACAGCAAUAACAGCAACAGCAUCAACAAACCCCAUCAACAGCAACAGCAUCAACAAUAGCUCCAGCAACCACAACCACAAGUCAAGCCAACACACCAACCACCACCAACACAAGCAACGCAAACGUAAACAAAGCACACCAGCCACCCUCGCCGGCACCAUGACCUCCCUCGCCGAACGGCGUGCUGCAAAGAAAGGCCUGGGCAAGGGCAAGUUCCAGCUCCCAAGUCUCUCACCACCAUCACCUGUGUGCGCCACCCCACCACCGUUGCGCUCAUUGAAGGCGUCGCUGCGUGGAUACAAGGGCCCCGAUCGUCGGUCCAUGCAAGACUUUAUUUUCAACAAAGAGCGUUUCCUGAACGCGUGCGACCUCAACAUUAAGGCGUUUGAGACGCUGGAGACGCUGGCCGAGGGCGAAGGGCGAGGCGUGCACAAGGUGCGCCACACCCACACCGACCUGAUCCUCGUGCAGAAGAUUGUGCACUACGACCACACGGAGGAGACGCACCGCGUGCUGCAGCGCGAACUUGACCUCUUGCACGACUGCCACGCCCCCGAGGUUGUCAACUUCUACGGCUCCUUCAUGGAGCGCAGCGAAGUCCACAUCAUCAUGGAGUACAUGAAUGGCGGCUGUCUGGACGAUGUGUUGAACCGAAUUGGGCGCAUCGAUGAGCAUCCCCUCGUCCACAUCUGUCAUAAGGUGCUUCGCGGCCUGCUGUAUCUUGAACAAGAGAAAAUCAUUCACCGCGACCUCAAGCCAGCCAACAUCCUCGUCAACACGGAGGGCGAUGUGAAGUUGUGCGACUUUGGUGUCAGCAGACGGCUGAUCACCACGCGGGCCAACACAUUUGUUGGCACCAUGCGCUACAUGUCGCCGGAGCGGCUUCACGGCGAAGAGUACACCGUCAAAUCAGACAUCUGGAGUCUCGGCAUUUCGCUGCUUGAGAUGGCGACGGGCGUGUACCCCUACUUGCCGGAUGUGGACCCAAAGAACCUGCCUAUGAUGCCAAAGAAGGACCCGGACACCAAGAGCCCAACAAAGCGAUCAGACCUUGCUGUGUUUGACGUCAUCUCCUCUGUUGUCAAGGGACCACUCCCAAGGUUGCCAGCCAAGAUCUUUUCCGCGCCAUUUGAGCGUUUCGUUGCAGACUGUCUGCAUAAGAAGGCGAAGGACCGCAUGAGCCUGGAGUUACUCAAGGGCCACGAAUGGAUCACCACACUGGGCGCGUUUUCGUUCAACAUGUCGGACUGGGUGAAGAGCACGCUGCCUACGAAGCGGUUGCAAGAGCUGGAAGAAGACACGCAAGACGAGUUUGAGGAAGAGCCGGCAGUGCGUGUCAUGACGUAACGCCGUGUGGCACAUGGCUCCAUAUGUUUGAGUGCUCGCGUACGUGUGCGUGUGCGCGUACGUGUGCGUGUGCGUGUGCGUGUG